CCUUAUCAAAGCCACUUGGUUGGAAGCCUUUUUCGACCGCAUCAACGACCUCUCCCUGUCUAAUCCGGCCUUUGUCCAUCGAGUUUGACCAUGGGGUUGCAAUCUUGGAAGAACUUCUCUGGGCCCACGGUCCUUCUCUGCAUCAAUGCCUUCUCAGGGCUUGGAAUCUUCUAUGAAGGCUACAAUCAGGGGGUGAUGGGGGGUGUGCUCAGCUCCCCGGAUGCCAUCCGGAUCACCGACAUCGGUAAGGAUGGUGUCAUCACAAAUUCGACCAAGGACGGUGGCCUUGUGUCCAUCUACUACCUCGGUGCCCUCGUUGGCUGUCUCUGGGGCGGGAGCAUCAGCGACAAGCAUGGUCGAAAGAUCGCUGUCUUCCUUGGUACUUUCUGGGGGAUAAUUGGGACCGCACUUUUGACCGCAGCUCAGAACACCAAUUGGUUUCUUUGCGCUCGUCUCAUUGCUGGAGUCGGCGCCGGCCACCUGAUCAACGUCGUUCCUUGCUGGGCUUCGGAACUUGCUCCUUCACAUACACGUGGCAAGUCUGUCUGUCUUCUUUUCCUGGCCAACUAUAUCGGUAUUGCCGUAGCGUACUGGAUAGCUUUCGGCGUCAGCUACGUGAAUGGCGGUCAAGGGGGCUUCAGGUGGCGAUUCCCCAUUGGCUUCAAUCUGAUCCCUGUUUUGAUCCUCUCCCUCACCAUCUGGUUCUUCCCAGAGUCUCCUCGUUGGCUGAUCAAGCAAGAUCGCCACGAGGAAGCCUUGGAGAUCCUGCAGAAGCUGCGAGAGGAUUCGGCCAAGAGGGACGUGACGCCUCAAGUUGCUGCAGAGUUCGGCGAGAUACGCAGAGUCAUUGCCUCGGAGACACAACAUGCCACCCGUGACUCACUCUGGGCCAUGCCUUUCGGCUAUCAGUCUGGGAAAUUGCACUACGGUCGACGAGUUGCUCUCGCUUUUUGUAUUCAGAUCAUGAUGGAAUGGGGCGGAAUCACCGCAGUCGUCAUGUACGGUCCGACAGUCCUCGCCCAAGCGGGUUGGAGCGCGCACAAAAUCGGCUGGAUCUCCGCUCUGAACAACACUUUCGGCAUCGCCGGCACAUACCUCUGCGCCCUACUCAUCGACCGCGUUGGCCGGCGCAUGAUGCUCUACGUGGGCAGCAUCGGAUGCGCCGCGUCCAUGUUCAUCGCCGGCGGGUUUGCGAAGCUAGUACAAGACCACCCAGAGAACAAGACAGGCUAUGGCAUCGGCUGUACCGUGUUCCUCUUCCUCUUUACCGCCUUCUUCUCAUCAACCUGGCUGAUGGUAACUUGGAUCUACCCGACAGAAAUCUUUCCGACCUCCACCCGUGCCAAAGGCAACUCCUUUGCCGUCGCUGGCUUCGCCAUCGGCUGCGCCUGGACUACCCUCGUCAACCCCAUCAUGUUCCAACGCAUCACGUACAACACCUUCUGGAUCUUUGGGAGCCUGAAUCUGAUCUACCCUGUGCUGAUCUGGGCUUUCUACCCCGAGACGGCGAAGCGGACGUUAGAGACGAUGGAUUUCCUGUUCGCCAGCCGGAGCCCCUUCGCGUGGGAAGAGGAGAAGGAGUUGGAGAAGCUGUAUACUGUGUUUGGGGACAAGUUGACCAUGGAGGCUGUCGAGGACGACCAUCACAGGGCUGCGAAGGAGAAGGACGUGGAGGUGGUGAGUGCUGAGUGAGACAAGGUGUGACGGCUGGGAUAGUACGAGAGGAGAAACUAUGUUGACUCAAUUAAUUUGGAUCUUGAACGACUCGAAUUGGUAAAGUUAUCGUCCGACAAGCUGCUUCAAACACUCCUACCGCCCUUCCCAAUGUCGCAUCCAAUCUGACAAUUUCGUAAAGCGAACCAACAGGUAUAGUCUAACCUAAACAACACUUGGGGUCUGAUUCCAGAACAAGUAGAGAGGGCUUGAUACUGAAGUGUAUGCAGUGUAGAUAAUCUCAACGACCCUCGUUCAGCGAGGUCCGUCGCUCA